AUGCAGAAGACGCACCCGCCGCGCCUGCUGGGCUGGCAUCGGCUGCGGCUUGCGGCUGGGCGCACAGUCACGUGGGGCGCUAGGUGGCGACGUCUUCACUGCGGGUGCGGCGGCGGUGUACAUGGCAUGUAUCAAGCGCCGCCUACCCAUUCCCUGCCCGACUCGCGCCCCAUGGCCGCUACAUCGCUACCCAAACCGGCGGCUUGCUUCUGCCCUCGCCCGCAGCCUCCCCCCAGCCUGCCUCCAUGCAGCCCGCACGCUGCGUUUCAAAUGCCGCAAACUGAUGCGAGCCAUGUGCGCUUGACAACCAUGGCGCCAUCGUGUUUUUCCCUCAGCGCAUGCAGCCGCCACCCCUUGCUGCGUAGUCGUCGCGAACACCAUCCUCUGCCCCAUGUUACGAUCAAGCAGUACAUCUUCUACAAGUUCGCCGGCCCGACUGAGGCUCGCUCGCUUCCCACGGCUCCACGCCACCCCGGCUACCCAUGGACGUCUACCCUCGUGCAAGCGUCAGCGCUCCACAGCUACGCCCUAUGCCACACCACACUUGGUUGCACCCUCAUGUACUGCCUCAGCCCUGGGGGCCAGGGCACGUACACAUGUACCUACAUACGUGUGCUGCACUCUACCGCUUGA